AUGGCCCCGGGGCUCAGUGCUGCUCCACCAGUUGUGCUUCUGCUCCUGUCCCUGCUGGGUCUGGCUGCUGCUGGGAAGCUCCUGGUGGUGCCAGUGGACGGGAGCCACUGGCUCAGCAUGCAGGAGGUGGUGGACAUGCUGAGGCAGAAGGGACAUGAGGUGGUCGUGGUGGCACCUGAAGUCUCCAUGCACAUCAAACCAUCCAAAAACUUUGUGAUGAAAAUGUACUCAGGUCCCAUCACACAGGAAGAGAUGGAGAAUGAUUUCAAGGCGUUUCUACAUGCUUCACUGGAAGAAGGAUAUUUUCUGGAAAGAUUUCUUAAAUUGUACGAACAUAUGAAAAGACUCAGUAAUUUGGCAGUCAGCAGUUGUGAACAUCUCCUGCAAAACAAAGAGCUCAUCACAUACCUUGAGGAGAGCAAGUUUGAUGCACUUUUUACAGACCCUGUAUCGCCUUGUGGGGUGAUCCUGGCAGAGCACCUUUCCCUUCCUUCUGUCUAUUUCUUACGAGGAAUCCCAUGUGGGUUAGAUUUUGAAGCCACUCAGUGUCCCAAUCCUCCUUCCUACGUGCCCAGGUCAUUUUCACAACUUACAGACCACAUGACCUUUUUCUUGUGUUGA